CAGAAAGAAGUAAUUUCACAUCGUCAGCCCAAAGAACAUGUCUUCAACAUCUUGUAAGUGGGAAACUCUCUUUGUUUUUCCAUUUUUUUUUUGGUUGUUGUUGAUUUUGUUUUUGUUUUUUUGUUUUUUUGUAUUUAUAGAGAGUCCAGUGAAGAAGAUGAAGAAGCCUUCGAAGCCAUGGCAGAAAUUGAUAAGUUUGAGGAAAGUCUUAAACAGAAGGAAAUUAUAAAACCAGAGUAG